ACACACACAUACAUAUGUCACAUAUAUGAAUACGUACACGCAUACUUGUUUCUACAAGCAACCACACACAGUCAUGUUUAGCAAGCUUUGUCACUGGUAGUUAAGUGCUAGGUAAUUUGUGGAUGUUUUUUUGUGGAUGUGGCCGUAUUUAUUGGUUUACUUACAAGUGGAACAUCAAGAAGAGUAUAUAUACACAAACAUAUAUAUAUAUAUGUAUAAUCUCACCAGGAGGAAAAAAAUAAUACAGCAAAAACUAAUAUAAGAUACAGUUAAUUAAUCUAUAUAAUUGAAAAUAAAUUAAAGAAAAAACAAACAACAUAGAGAGAAAAGAAAAACGGACAACAAUAACUCUAAAUAACAAUUGACGUUUGUUGUCAUUGUGGAAUCAAUACAAUUGUGAAUUUCAAGCAGGGCUUUACGUAUCCGGAGUUUGUACCAUUUUGGGGGUGGUUAAAAAGACCAGCAGCAGGCUUUUAAAACGUUCGACACAACGUUCUCGUUCUUGCGGAACCAUUCUUAAUUAUCAUUACCACCACCACCACCACCAUCAUCAUCACCAUUAACGUCACUACCACCACCACCACCAACAUCAUCAUCAUCACCAUCAUCAAUAUCAUUAUCAAACCUUUUGCCAGUCAGCUGCUUGCUCCCGCGUGCGUGUUUUUUUUUCUAAUCCCAACACGUUUGGGUUCCAAUAUUGAUGCUGAAUUACAAACAACGAGUCAUGGAAGAUUUAGAUGCCCUUUUGGCUGACCUGCAGUCUACAACCGCGCACAUUUCGUCAUUCCAGCAGCAACAGGCGGAACAGGAACAAUACCAGAAUCGGCGGCCAGACAUAGUGAGUUCACAGUCGUCUCCGCGCACAUCCACCCCAUCACCUCUCCCCUCCCAGCUCACCGACCACAACGACACGUCACAGCUGAGGCGCAAUGACAAAGCUCAUGGGUGUCCCAGUUUGAAACAGCACAUUGUCCAAGAGAACUCCACUCACCAUCACCACCAUCACCACCUUCAUCAUCAUCAACAGCAGCAACAACAACAGCAGCAUCAUCACAGCUACAGCAGCGAAAGGACAUCUAGUAGCAGUAGCAACAGUGGUGCCACCUAUCAUCAGGAGAGAAGCAGUGCUAGUUCAACCCUUUCUCAAUCCAGUCUGCCGGGACUCAGUCCUGUAGGUUACAACAAACCAAUCGGAUCCGGUUCGGUGAGCAGCGGCAGCAACAGCAGUCUUGGUGCCAACGCCAGUUCACAGAUGUCGUCGACAAUCAACAGCAACCUGUCAGAGCUUGACCAGCUCUUGCAGGAUUUGAACUCUGCUCACUUCCUGGAUGAAGUCAAUCGUAGAACCAAUUCUAAUCAAUCUCAGUUUGUUAAUGGAAACUCCCAAAGGGUGGUCACAUCUCCUGGCCAAGUUCCAUCGUCAACUGGGAGCCAACCUGUUCAACCCCCUGUUGCCCCCAAACCAAACCGUGUCGAAACCAACAACAGAGCUAAUGUGGAUGCCAUGUUGCACGAACUGGACCAUGGAGUCCCGCCCCCUCCCGCUGGUGCGUCUGUGGGUGCGCUACCCCCACUCAAUGUUACUCUACCACCACUCACUAAGGCCUAUGGAGAACCGAUCACACCGCCGUUCCCUGUGCCCCCUACGGGACCAGGCAACUUCUAUGAGGAUGCCCUCUAUGAUGACCCACAGGAGUUUAAAUCUUCCGCCAACACCACCGUCGUCACCGGCAGCAGCAGUUCGGCGUCCAGCAGCAACGCUGGCGCGCAGAUGAUGUCAAACAGGGGGCACUCUGUCCCUGAUUCCCAGCGUCGCUUUGUGCAUGAAUCUUCACCAAUACCUGUGAUUGUAAUCUCCGAACCAGCCUCUGUCUCGGAGGAGACUGGCCACCGCCAACCACCGUUGCCGUCGCCACCACUACCUAUGCCACCGUCAUAUUCAGCGUCAGUGGGCGAGGAUCCCUAUGAAGACCCGCGUCAGACUGGGGCCACCACCCAGAUGUCAUCGACGACCUCUUCUAAGACAUCAUGUCAUCGCCCAUCUCCACUGUUACCACACUCCCCCAUUGUGUCAGAUGGAGCUCCGCAUCCUCCUCUCGGCCCAGAGGAGGUUGUGCCACUGAGUUCUCGAACUAUUGACACAUAUGCAGCGGCCAUGUUCCAGAGCCGACAGAUGGCAGGGGUCAACUCAGCCGCUACAACUGUGGGUCAGCACGCACAGAUCGGGGGCCAGGUCUAUGGCCAAAAUGCCACGUAUAUACAGCAGCCUCUCUACCAGGAAACACCAAUGAUGUCCCCGCAAACAGCUUCUACCGCCACUCGAGAGCUGGAUGAGUUAAUGGCUUCACUCUCAGAGUUUAGGGUGUCAAACCGGGACAAUUCUGUGGCCCAGCAGGUUGCCGGUGGUGAUCCAGCAUAUGCUAGACCACAUAAGAUCCGAAAUGAGAGUGCAGGGACAGCAACAUCUGCAGCCACGUCCUCAAUGAGUGCCACCAGUAUGACUGCAAAAGGCGACCAGCUGGACAGUAUGCUGGGCAGUUUGCAGUCCGAUAUGAACAGACAAGGGGUGAGCACCAAAACCAAGGGGCUGUGUGCUGCAUGUAACAAACCUGUUGUCAGUCAGAUGAUAACGGCCCUGGGUAAGGUGUGGCACGUGGAGCAUUUCACCUGCGCCCAUUGCACUAUGACUUUGGGGACUAUGAGUUUCUACGAACGUGACAAUAAAGCUUACUGUGAGAAGGACUACCACAGCCUGUUUGCCCCUCGCUGUGCUUACUGCAAUGGGCCAAUUGUUGACAAAUGUGUCACUGCCUUAGAUAAAACAUGGCACCCUGAACACUUCUUUUGUGGUCUUUGUGGACGAAACUUUGGUGAUGAAGGAUUCCAUGAAAGAGACGGCCAGGCAUAUUGUAGGGAAGACUUUUUGAAGAUGUUUGCUCCAAAAUGUGGAGGAUGUGCUCAACCAAUCAAAGACAGUUACAUCUCUGCUCUUAACAGACACUGGCAUCCGGAUUGCUUUGUUUGUUGGCAAUGCCAGGUGCCCUUUGGAAAUACAAGUUUCUUCGACCAUGAUGGCCUGCCAUACUGCGAACAGCAUUACCAUGCCAAACGAGGCUCCCUGUGUUCCGAUUGCCAGCAGCCGAUUACUGGGCCGAGCAUCAUAGCCAUGGGUCGCAAGUUUCACCCAAAGCAUUUCACGUGUGCCUUCUGUCGUAAACAACUGAACAACGUCACCUUUAAGGAACAGAAUGAGAAACCCUACUGUCACCCCUGCUUCAGCAAACUCUUUGCCGGGACGAAGAUGAUGGAUUAAUGAAGAAUUUAGGGAUUUAUUGAUGGUUGGGGAGGUGGGGGGGUUGGAGAAUUUAAAGAAGUUUGUGUCAAUUCGUUUCUCUUUGAGAUCUGAUAUUUAAAUAAAUAAAUAAAAUAAAUAUAAAAUUUUCCCCUUCCCCGAAAAUAUAUAAAUAAUGAGGGAAGGAAAGUGGGGGGUGGGGAUUAUAUAUAUAUAUAAAAAAAACAAAAAAAUAUUGAUUUGCAAUAUUUGGAGUGUAUACUCACAUUUUACACAUACACACACAAAUGCAUAUACAUAUAUAUGCACUUACAUACAUACAUACGCUAUAAGCCAACGUGUGUAAAAUGAAAAUGUAUAUAUAUAUAAAUAUAUACGACUGUUGAAUUACCAGCAACUGCUGGUAGGAGUGUAAUUGGAGUGGUCUCCCCUUAUACUGUCUUGAACGGAAACACGUGUAGGUGGACGCGUGUAUGUGUGUAACUUUUCCAUUUUGAUUCCAAGAUAAAAAAAAUUUUUUUAAAUUAUGUAAAAGAAAGCUAGAUGACAAAAAAAAACACAUAAUGAACUAAAAUCAACCACUCUCACAUGAACGCAUUCAGUCACUUAUAAAAGUUAUGUGCUAUAUUCACUUUAUAAAAAGAGGUUCUGAACGAAUGAAAAGGGGGGGGUGCAAGACGAUAGCAGGAGGUGUGGUAGGAGGAGGAAGAGGAGAAGAAGAAGAAUUUCUGAAACAAACAAUGUCGGCGUGAUUGCUAUUUUGAAUUUGUUGGGGUGGGGGGAUGAGUCGGGUGGGCGCGGGUGGGUGAGGGUUGUCUUCAUUACACAGCAGCAGCAGCAACAAUGAUGAUUAUAACAUUUUUUUUUUAAAUAUAUUUUCCCCUGCUUAUGGAAAAUUAUUCUACUUAUUUGAAUUUCUAUCAAGACUGAAAUACCAUUCUUGACAAUAAUAAUAAAUAACAACAGACAUUUCUAUGAUAAACAUAGAUGGUUUCUUAUAUUACGAAGUGAUUAUGAUUAAAAAAAUAUUUGCAUGUAUGUAUGUGCGUAUAUAUAUAUAUAUGUGUGUAAUUGUAUUCCGAAGCCAAAGCUUCUUGAAUCUUAAAUCUUUGUUUCAUGUUGCCAACUUGUUCAAAGGAUUUCCAAAUGUUCAAAAAUGUAACGUGAAACUCUGAGUUAGAAGUCAAGAUGAUUCAGCUUACAACAGAAUAGAACUAUGCACUCAAACACACACACACUACAUAUAUGUGUAUAUCUAUGUGUGUAUAUAUAUAUAUGUGUGUACGCACAUACAUGCAUGCAUCUAUAUGCAUACAAAGGUUACAUACACAAUAAAAAAAUGCAAGAGUUUAAAAACAAAAGCCUUAUACAAAAAAAUACAAUAAUAACAAUAAUAAUAAUUGCUCCUAAAAAGGGGUAGUUGUUUUGUUUGGAUAUUUUUCUUGUUUGUUUGUUUUUUUCUUUUUGUUUUGUAGAUUUAUUUAGUCGGUCCUGGAGUUGGAUUUAUAUUAUAUCAUAUUAUACUAUACUAUAUUAUAUUAUAUUUCAAAAAUAAAAUUAAUAUGAUGGUUUUUACAUA